AUGAUUGGAUCAAAUUUUUGGUGGUUCGGGAGAUUGUUGGUUCUUCUGGUUUUGAUUCCACAAAUUUAUGGUUGGGGGAAAGAAGGCCAUAUUGCUACCUGCAAAAUUGCUGAGGGAUUGCUAACCGAAGAAGCUGCAGCAGGAGUACAGAGCUUGCUUCCUGAAAGUGCCGAAGGAGAUUUUUCAUCUGUUUGCCCCUGGGCUGAUACAAUGAGAUUCCACUACUACUGGAGUAGGGCUCUACAUUAUGCUGACACGCCAGAUUUUAGGUGUAACUACAGUUACUGCAGGGACUGCCAUGAUAACAAAAAUCGUAAAGACAGAUGCGUGACUGGUGCAAUAUUCAACUAUACAAAUCAACUCAUGUCGCGUUCAGAUCCACAAAAUACACACAACUUGACAGAAGCACUCAUGUUUUUGGGACAUUUCAUGGGUGAUGCACAUCAGCCUCUCCAUUGUGGCUUUAUUGGAGAUGAAGGUGGAAACUCUAUAAAUCUCCGUUGGUUCAAACGGAAGGCCAAUUUGCACCAUGUGUGGGAUACAUUGAUGAUUGAAACGGCUAUGAAGACAUAUUAUAACAGGGAUCUCGACACCAUGAUAGAAUCAAUUCAACGAAAUAUUUCGAAUGGUGGUUUUGAUGAUAUCUCGUCCUGGGAUAAGUGCAAUGCCACAGUUUGCCCUAAUCAAUAUGCUUCUGAAAGCGUAAACUUGGCAUGCAGAUAUGCCUACAGAAAUGCUACCCCAGGAGUCACUCUCGGAGAUGAAUACUUCGACUCUCGGUUGCCCGUUAUGGAGAAGAGACUGGCUCAAGGUGGCAUUCGCUUGGCUGCUGUUCUCAACCGUAUCUUCUCUACAAGCCUUCCACUUGCUGCAGAGUGA